CAUCAUCAAUAGCAUUCUUCCAACUUGCAUGUCCCUCCUGGCCAAGGGAUUUUCGACAUACUUAGCUGCGCAGGCCGCAGGCUACCGUGCGCGUGAGUCCGUGACUGCGGUCCGCAAGCGCAGUGUCACGUGAUGUGAUUGUUGGAUCGGAGCUGGCAACUGCCGUUUCAGUAUCCACUCUGCACUUAUCUUGAUCGCGAUUGUUUCCAACAUACUGCAUCUCUCUUUCAUUAUCUUAUUCGAUAUGUCGUCCGGAGUGGCAGUAGCUUCCGAAUGCUUCCAGGAAUUCCAACAAUUGAAGAUGUCCAAGUCGCUUAAGUACAUAUUAUUCAAGUUGAACGAUAGCCGGACAGAGAUCGUCGUUGACAAGACUUCGGGAAAUUCUGACUACGAAGAAUUUCUGGACAACUUGCCUGCCGAUGGUUGUAAAUGGGCGGUCUAUGACUUCCAGUAUAAGUUGGAAGAUGGAUCGCAGAGGAACAAGCUCUGCUUCUUCUCCUGGUCACCAGACAAUGCACCCAUUCGGGCAAAGAUGGUCCACGCAUCCUCGAAGGACGCAUUGCGGAAGCCCCUAGAUGGUAUUGGUGUGGAAAUCCAGGGAACGGAUCUGACUGAAGUUGCAUAUGAAACUGUCCUCGACAGAGUGAAGCGCUUCAGCCGAUAAGAGAGUUGUACCACUCGGGUUUGAUCUGUGAUGUUAGCUUGGAAGUUGCGCAUUACUGUAAACCUUGUUUUGAUGUAGUAAUCGUGAAGAUAGUUGUAUAAAGUUGCAAAGGAUUCACACUACGGUACGAACAAAUGUAGUAAAGAUUUUUCCAGAGUAUGAAGCAGUUCGA